AUGCCCCCCCCCCCCCCCCAUGUGCUAUGUGAUUCUGGCCAAAAUGUGUGCAAGGAUUUUAUAGGGAUUUUAUAUUGAGAAUAUACAUUAUAAGUCAAAAGUUUGGACUCACCUACUCAUUCAAGGGUUGUUCUUUAUUUUUUAUUAUUUUCUACAUUGUUGAAUAAUAGUGAAGACAUCAAAACUAUGAAAUUACACGUAUGGAAUCAUGUAGUAACCAAAAAAGUGUUAAACAAAUCAUAAUAUAUUUUAUAUUUGAGAUUCUUCAAAUAGCCACCCUUUACCUUGAUGUCAGCUUUGCACACUCAUGAAAAUCUCUCAACCAGCUUCAUGAGGAAUGCUUUUCCAACAGUCUUGAAGGAGUUCCCACAUAUGCUGAGCACUUGUUAGCUGCUUCACUCUGCCGGUCCAACUCAUCCCAAACCAUCUCAAUUGGGUUGAGGUCGGGUGAUUGUGGAGGCCAGGUCAUCUGAUGCAGCACUCCAUCACUCUCCUUGGUCAAAUAGCCCUUACACAGCCUGGAGGUGUGUUUUGGGUCAUUGUCCUGUUGAAAAACAAAUGAUAGUCCCACUAAGCCCAAACCAGAUGGGAUGGCAUAUCGCUGCAGAAUGCUGUGGUAGCCAUGCAGGUUAUGUGUGCCUUGAAUUCUAAAUAAAUCACUGACAGUGUCACCAGCAUAGCACCCCCACACCAUCACACCUCCUCCUCCGUGCUUAACGGUGUUUGCUAAUGGACAAAAAAAUUGCUUUUUUCUUUCGAAAACAAGGACAUUUUUAAGUGACCCCAAACUUUUGAACGGUAGUGUAUCUAUCAGCUUAUACAUCUGGUUGUGUCCCAUCCACAGGCCCGGGCCAGUGCCAAGAAGUUCCGUAAGGUGAACCUGACCAUCUCUCCUAAAGGAAUCAUCAUCACAGACACAGAGACACAGGAAGUCAUAGAGAACGUCUCCAUAUACAGGUAAACAAUAUGACAUCAUAAUGACCUCAUAGAGAACGUCUCCAUAUACAGGUAAACAAUAUGACAUCAUAAUGACCUCAUAGAGAACUUCUCCAUAUACAGGUAAACAAUAUGACAUCAUAAUGACCUCAUAGAGAACGUCACCAUAUACAGGUAAACAAUAUGACAUCAUAAUGACCUCAUAGAGAACGUCUCCAUACACAGGUAAACCAUAUGACAUCAUAACGACCUCAUAGAGAACGUCACCAUAUAGUUUAGUUUUAUUUUGUAUACACGGCAGCUAAAAGCUGAAUUGCAUAUGCAAAAGAACAUCACAAACUACAACAAAUACAAACUACAACAACAAAUACAAACUACAACAACCAAUAAAAACUAUAUAAUUGUAACAUGGUAUGGAAGUCAGGGACUGGAAGGAUGAUGAAUUGAAGCAGUUCUGAUGACAUUGAGAGCGGAGGAACAUCAGGCAUGGAUGGUCACGGUGGAGAGAGCCAGAGUCAGUCGGGCCCAUAGGCUUUUUAGCUUGAUGGUUAGCUAGCUAGCUACUCAUCUCCACAAAUUAUUGUCUGAUGUGUGGAUGUGGCCAUGGUGAUGGGGAGGGGGGUCUGAUGUGUGGUCAUGGUGAUGUGUGUAUGAUAGAUACAUGUGUAUUUGGUGACGUGUAUGGCAGCUAUACCCCCUCAGGUCCAGUGUAGUGUUAUUCAGACUGGAUCUCCUGACGGUGAGGAUUAGGCUGUGAACAUCAUAUGGCCUCCUGGACUAGAAUCACUGGGAGUGGGGUUGAAGCACAGGGGGGCUAGAGAGGGGGUUGUUGGGGGCUUGGGAGGAGGACAAGGGGGGUGAAUGUGGCAGCGUAUCUUGUGUGAUCCAAGUGUGUAUGUUAAGAAGGUUACACACCCAUGCUGAUCCAUCUUAUCAGUUACAGCAGACAUCAUCCUUCCCUUUCAUCCCCCUCUCCUCUCCUCCUCUAAUCAUCCCACCCCUCCUCGACAACACCCCCGCCCCCCAAAACACCCCCCCCUCCGAAAGCAUCCCCCUCUCCGCAGCUCACACGCCCGCACCGCCCCCAAUCCCCCCCAUCCCACAUCCCCAGCUCCCCCGAACCCGCAUCCGCCCGCCGCCCCUAAGAGACCCCCCCCCCCCUAA